AUGUCAUCCAUCCGCGCAAUUAUCACACCUCAACUUCGAGCAGCUAUCAAGCCUCGAACGUUUCGUCUUCAACAAAGUCCUAUCCGUUUCCAAAUCGCAGCCAUGUCCGCUAUUUCCGACGCCAUUAUCAAAGACCACCGCGAGCUGAAGGAUUACUACAAUGAGGUAGUCAACUCGCGUGACCACGAUCAUCAGCAAAAAUUCGGUAACCAAUUUGUUUGGGAGCUGGCGAGACAUUCAAUCGGAGAGGAGUUGAUUGUUUACCCGGCUAUGGAAAAGUACAUGGGUGCAAAGGGAAAGAGCUUGGCCGACGAAGAUCGCCAGGAACAUCACGAGGUCAAGGAGCAUCUCAAAGUUUUCCAAAAUCUCAGUUCCACGGACCCAGAGUACGUACCUAAGAUCAAAGCGAUCUGGAGUUUGUUGGAGAAGCAUAUCGAAGAGGAAGAAAAUCGCGACCUGCCCGCUCUUGAAGAAGCCCUCAAAUCGCAGGCGCAGGAAACUGAGUCUCUGGCGAAUCAAUUCUCCAGGACAAAGCAGUUUGUCCCUACGCGAAGCCAUCCCAGUGCUGGUGAGAAUCCACCUUUUGAGACAGUGAUGGGACUCAUGGCCGCGCCUGUCGAUAAGCUCAUGGAUAUGUUCCGCAAAUUCCCCGAUAAGAGGGAGUUGUAA